AUAACCGGGUGACACCGCAGUCCGCUGAUUAUAUCACUAUUUACGAAUAAAUUGCAGUGAAACAGCAAAUACUGUGAAUGGCCAUAAUAAAUCAAGAAAAUGUCCUGUAGAGACUGGAAGCUACGAGAACAUGAACCAGAUAAAGUUUGGCAAGAGCAUCGGCGGAAACACAAACAACCCUAUCACCUUCGACUUCGACCAUUUUGACACCGGUUUAAGGAUAGAAGUCAAUGCUCAGGAUCACGACACAGGCUUUCUGUUCGGCUCCAAUGACAACAUUGAAACCGUUCACUACGACGUUGCAACGGCCUUGACCUUCAAUAGCACGUUGCCGGGAACGUCAAUCACCAUGAAGGGGAACGUCAUAACAUUUGAGGCGACUGUACGUGUACAGUGCUAUGCUCAUAACUAUGGCAACGGAUGUGGCACCUACUGUAGGGCAGAGGACGACCCCGGUCACUAUAUCUGCGCCCCCACGGGCAAGAGGGUUUGUCUCGACAAGUGGAUUGGAGCAAAAUGUGACCAAUGGGAUUACUGUUUCAACAGCACGUGCCAAAACAACGCCACCUGUCGGAACAACCCUCGUGACUAUUCUUGCCUGUGUGAAAGUGGCUAUACAGGUACGUUCUGUGAGACACUGAUUCCAACCACUACGACGACACCAUCAACGACAUCCAUUCCGACGACCGCCAGUCCAACAUCUACAUCUACGACUUUGCGAUCAACGACGAUAUCGACAACGAUGCCUUUUACUGCUACUGCUUCUACCACCACUGCUACUGCACAGCAGACAGAACCAGCAAGUACCAGACAGAAUCGAAUUCGCCAUUCCCAUGUGUCCGCUGCUCAGGGGGACAGGACGCUAGAUUUCGUGUUGACUGUGUGUGGUGUGAUGUCCAUAGUCCCCUUCACAGGCCUGGUUAUUUUGCUCAGAAGGAAGUGUCAAAAUAAAGUGAAGGCUGAGCCUCAUGUUAAAAAGCUACCGAGCAAGGCCAAGUACAACACAAGACGACCGGAACGUUGGGCUAAAUAGUGUGCUGCCUUAACCAGGACAGGCUUGAGAGAGGAGGGACGUCG